CAACGUGAGGCUGUGACUGUCCAACACGGACAGACACUUCGUUUUCUUUUCCGGUUGGCAUGGCCACAAAAAAAAAACAACAGCUCCAAACUCCACUAAAACACGCACGACAUAUUACAUUAGUGCUCAUAUUGGGAACCUACUGUAAUUCCGGAUACACUUAAAAAGAGCAGAAUGAGCUUUUUACACAGCCGUGUCGCCUUAUUUCCGCUUAUGGGGGAAAACCGAGGAGGACGCAACUCACUUAUUUGAGGAAGUUGCUCAACACUGGAAAACACACGCGAACGUCCGCCGCGCUAGUACAAACAUGUCGUCUUAGGUGAGGCACAGAUACUCAACGAAGCUCGCAUUGUUUGACACAAUGAGCGACUCGGUGACUCGGUCGACUUACAUACGUAAACUCAGAUACAGCGCACUUUGUCGGGUGGCUGACUUUUUAGACCCCGACGACAGGUGGAAGGAAGUCAUCAUUUCCAUCCGGAAGUCCGACGGCGAGUUCAAGUACACUCAGCAGCAUGUCAGGCGAUUUGAGGGCCUCGUCGCUCAGGGUAAAAGCCCCACAGUGGAGCUGCUGCACGACUGGGGCAUAUCCAACGCCACAGUGGGAGAACUGGUGGACAUUCUCAAGAGUCAAAAGUUACUGGCGGCCGCCAGCAUGCUGUUACCCGAGGAGAUAGUUUCUACAGAGACACCUCGCGUCUAUUCUGCGUCAGAACCCAACAGCACACAUGCAACUUUGCCCACCAUGAAAAUGGUUCAGACGGAGAUGACGUUAGCGCCUGCUGCCGAGGAACGUCAGAGUCCGAUCCAGCUGGAGAAUGAACCAGACCACGCAUCAGGUUUCACCACGUUCUCAUACAAAGAGCUGAUGGAAAUCACCCGAAACUUUGACGAGCGUCCCACGUCCGACGGCGGCUGCCGGCUCGGGGAAGGGGGCUUUGGGACCGUCUUCAAAGGUUUCCUGCGGGACAAACCCGUGGCCAUUAAAAAACUCAACCUCAUUGAUGACCUCUCCUCUGACGAACUGGAAAAUCAGUUCCAGCAGGAGGUCCAAACGUUGACGGUGUUGAAACACGAGAACCUGGUGGACAUGGUGGGCUACUCAUCUGACGGACAGCACCCGUGUUUGGUUUACGCCUACAUGGCUAACGGAUCCUUGCUGGACAGACUGGCUUGCUUUGAAGGAAGUCCUCCGUUGUCCUGGGGCCAGAGGUGCUCGAUAGCUGUCGGAACAGCAAGGGGUUUGGAGUAUUUGCACAGCAACCAUCAUGUUCACAGAGAUAUUAAAAGUGCAAAUAUCCUGUUAGAUGAAAAUCUGGUGGCCAAGAUCUCAGACUUUGGCCUGACGAGAGCCUCGGCCAAGCAGACGGCAUCGACGGUGAUGACGGAAAGGAUCGUCGGUACCUGCGCGUACAUGGCACCCGAGGCGCUUAGGGGGGAGAUCACUCCGAAAUCGGAUGUCUUCAGCUUUGGAGUGGUGCUGUUAGAAAUACUGUCCGGACUCUCUCCAGUAGAUGAAAACCGCGAGCCGCAGCUUUUGUUGGACAUGAGGCACGACAUCGACGACGAAGAUGAGGACCUCACCCUGGAGGCCUUUGUGGACCAGACCAUGAGCGACUGGGACACGAGCCAGGUGGAUGGCGUGUACUCUUUGGCUGGCAGCUGUCUCCAGGAGAGGAAGAACAGACGGCCGCUGAUCGUGCAGGUGCUGUCCAAGCUCAAUGAAGUGAUCAAAAACAUUUCACUGGAGUCUUAUGCGUAGGACUGAAUGUGACCAUGUGCACCUUAUGAACAUGUGCAAUAUAUAUCAAAUAGGAGACGUGAUACUCACUGAGAAUGUAAUGCCUUUAAAUGCGUGCUGUUAUGUCACGCUAACCUUAUUUAUUUGGGUUAUAUUAACCAGUACACUCGGUCCACAAACCUUUCAAGCUUUAGUCAUUUGUAAAUAGAAACUCUAAACCUUUGAGAUUUGGACCUCCAUCAAAAUGGACUCAUUAAAAUGUUUUCAAAAGUG